AUGGCAAAGAGAUUUAGCAAAGACGACGUCGCGUCGCACGGCAAGGGCGACAGCCUCUGGAUCGUGAUCGAUGAAGACGUCUACGAUGUAUCUAAGUUCCAAGACGAGCACCCUGGCGGAAAGAAGAUUCUCCAGCGCGUUGCCGGAAAGGACGCCUCGAAGCAGUUCUGGAAGUACCACAAUGAGGGCAUUUUGAAGAAGUACAAGGGUCAGCUGCAGAUCGGUUCGUUGGACACCAAGAAAGCAGCUGAGCCGGUGCCGGCUCCUAAGAAGGCUGCUCCCGAGCCCAAGCCUCAGUCUGAGUCCUCUUCUUCUGUGACGCCGCCUGCUACUGGUGCGCCGCAGGAUCCUUACGGAGAUUUGAUUCCUUUCGCCGACCCUUCAUGGUACCAGGGUUAUGCCUCCCCCUACUUUAACGAUUCCCACGCCGCCCUCCGAGACGAAGUCCGCCAGUGGGUCGAGUCCGAGAUUGAGCCAUAUGUAACCGAAUGGGAUGAGGGCAAGGAGGUCCCGCCCCAUAUCUACAAGCAGAUGGGUGAGCGAGGAUACCUGGCCGGUCUGUUGGGUGUCACAUACCCUGUGAACCACACCCCACACCGCGUGCAGUCGGUGACACCAGAUCGCUGGGACUUGUUCCACGAGAUGCUGUUGACCGACGAACUGUCGCGUGCAGGCAGCGGCGGCCUUGUCUGGAACUUGAUCGGAGGCUUUGGCAUUGGAUGCCCACCCCUGGUCAAGUUCGGCAAGAAGCCGCUGGUCGACCGAAUCCUGCCGGGUAUCCUGGCCGGCGACAAGCGUAUCUGUCUUGCCAUCACCGAGCCUGAUGCGGGCAGUGACGUCGCCAACUUGGGCUGCGAGGCCAAGCUGAGCGAAGAUGGCAAGCACUACAUCGUCAACGGCGAGAAGAAGUGGAUCACAAACGGUAUCUGGUCCGACUACUUCACCACCGCCGUGCGCACCGGCAAGCCCGGCAUGAAUGGAGUCAGUGUCCUCCUCAUCGAGCGUGAAGCCGGCGGUGUCAGCACCCGCCGUAUGGACUGCCAGGGUGUAUGGUCCAGCGGCACAACCUACGUAACCUUUGAAGACGUCAAGGUACCAGUCGAGAACUUGAUCGGCAAGGAGAACCAAGGGUUCAAGGUGAUCAUGACAAACUUUAACCACGAGCGCAUCGGAAUCGUGAUCCAGUGCCUGCGUUUCUCGCGUGUCUGCUACGAAGAAUCCAUGAAGUACGCACACAAGCGCAAGACCUUCAACAAGCCACUCAUCGAACACCCUGUCAUCCGCAUGAAACUCGCCCACAUGGCCCGCCAAAUCGAGGCUACCUAUAACUGGCUCGAGAACAUGAUCUUCCAAUGCCAGUGCAUGGAAGAGACAGAGGCCAUGCUCAAGCUUGGCGGUGCUAUCGCCAGUUUGAAGGCCCAGUCUACUACUUGCUUCGAGUUCUGCGCUCGCGAGGCGAGUCAGAUCUUCGGUGGGUUGAGCUAUAGCCGUGGUGGACAGGGUGGUAAGGUCGAGAGGCUUUACCGUGAUGUUCGCGCUUAUGCUAUCCCUGGUGGUAGUGAGGAGAUCAUGCUUGACCUUAGUAUGCGUCAGAGCUUGCGUGUUCAUGGCAUGUUUGGAAUGAAGCUAUAG